AUGGGUAAUAAUAUAAGUCAAGAAUGUAAUAUAUGUGUAGAAAAAAAAUCAUCAAAAUUAUUUCUGGUUAUAACAUCAAAAUGCAAACAUGACACUAACGUAUGCAGGGAGUGUGUUGAAAAACACAUAGAUACAAGUUUAUCUGGAAAAGGUGAUGUAAUUAUUCAUUGUCCUUCUGGAGAAUGUAAACAAGUUAUUGAACAUAAUGAUGUUAAGAAAAUAGUUAGUCAUGAAUUAUUUGAGAGAACAAUGCCAGAUUUCAAAUGGUGUAAAAAUUCCAAAUGUGGAUCUGGUCAAAUUCAUUAUCAAAGAGAUGAUGCGCCGAUAAUGACAUGUGAAUCAUGUGGAGAGAAAUCAUGCUAUACACAUGAUGUUCCAUGGCAUGAAAAUAUGUCAUGUGCUCAAUAUGAAGAAAAAAGAAAAGAAUCAGAAGCUGCUACUAAUCAUUAUCUUAUGAGACAUACAAAACCUUGUCCUAAAUGUGGAACUCAUAUUGAGAAAAAUGGCGGAUGUAAUCAUAUGACAUGUAAAAUCAGAUCAUGUUCUUAUGAAUUUUGUUGGUUGUAA